GCAGAGUCAUAAACGUGCUCACCGGAUUGCAGCGCCCUUGACUUUAAUAGUCUAGCGAAGUGCCUGACCGUUCAGGCCCUGAAGACUCACAUCACAUCAUACCUACAGACACACUCUUUUCCGGAGGACAAGACGAACCUCCGUGAAUCAGCAGCUAACCAACACUACCACAACGCCCUUUCCCAUACACGAACAACCUCGAGCAAUGGAGGGCACUGGAUUCGCUUUUGACACAGCGGAUAUGGACUUCAACAACGUGUUCGCGACGAUGCCGCAGCAGCAGCAGCUCGCGAAGCCUACUGAGGAUAACACCUUUGGCUUCUUUGGUGACGAGCGCAUCGACACGGCGGCAUCUUUCAUUGAUCCGACUAUCUUCUCGACCCCCUCUCAGGAUAUGAGCUUUAUGCCCCAGACCCUUGCCAUGGAUAACACUAUGAGCAACGCGAUCUGGAAAAGCCAUCUGACACCGGAAUCACUCAUCAUGAACUCCUUCCCAGCAACCCCUACACAAUCACUCGAGAUGUACCCAAUAAUAGAUAUCAGCACUUCGUUGGGUAAGAGGCCCCGCCAGCCUGAUGCGGAGGACUUCACACAGUCUAAGCGCCACGAGACGACCGGCGACUACUCACUAUCUUGCUCAUCACAAUCUCCACACAUGGACGUCAUUCAGGGCCUCUCAGAUGAAGCUGCCGACGUCUGCACAAUAUGGUUCAACAAUUAUGCUGUACUGCCAAGCGAUCGCCACAUUGACUCGCUCAGCCAGCUCACAGGAGAGUCGGCCGAUGCCAUCCGGCAGUGGUUCGGACGAUUGCUCAAGCAGGGUAUGGGCGGCGCUGACUCCGCUUACAAGUCGCAAACAGAUAUGCUGCCAGCUUUGUGCUGGUCGGACUCCUACACAACAGACCUGGCAACACAUCAGUCCGGAGGAGCUCAGGUACCUCAGCUUCUGACGUCGCAGCUUACACAGGAGAACAUUGCAACUCCAGAAAGACGAUCCUCGAACGACACAACAGUAGUUGGGCAACCAGUGUCGAAUCUCCGUGGUCGGAAGAAGCGCUGUACACCAACUGGGGAUCGGGACAUGCUGGCCAGGGACCCGAACAAAAUUUACCAGUGCACACGAAAGUGCGGCAAACGCUAUGGGCGUAAGUGCGACUGGAAGAGGAGCGAAGAGGAGGGGUAUCCAUGUAAAUCGUGGGUGUGCAGCCUAUGCACAUCUGAAGAAGUUGAGAAUGUACGGCCUUGCUUCAGGAAGUACCAUUUCGUUCAGCAUUUCAGGAAUAUCCAUCCUGGUGUGAACAGCGAUGAGUACGAGCGGGCGAGUAUCGUGUGCUCUGAGACCGAUUUCCCAAGGAACUGCGGUUUCUGUAAGCACAAGUUCGACUCGAGGCAGGACCGAAUUGAUCACAUUGCCGAUCAUUUCAAGCAGGGCAAGUGCAUGCUAGACUGGAAUGACGAGAGCAACGACGAUGAUAAUAACUCCGACAACAACGAUGGCGACGACGAUGACAACGACGACAACGACAGGCCCAGUGGCAACGGCUAUGACAGUGCGCCUUCACACUUACCACCGCAGAGCGAUCCUGGUGACUUCGGGCCUCACUGUUAUGGCGGAGGCGACUACGCAGGCGGUGGUAGUGGCAGCGGCGGCAACGGUCCGAGCCUGCUGUCUGGCAGCUUCUUCCAGUUCCAGCUCUUGUCGAAAUCGAACACUAUCAAUGUCACGAAGCGAACCCAGGGCGAGCAGGGGCAACAACGAUCGAGCCCACACACCGAGACGCGCAGUUUCUCUCCCGACCCUUCCCCAAGCGAGGAGGGUAUCUUAUGUGAAGAGGAUGCAACACCAACGCGAGAUGACCAGACUUCUUUGACCGGAGAUACUCUCUCCGGCCGGUUAGUUGGGGGGGCUCAACUCCCCUCGCAGCCUCUCGUGGCUCGCGGAGUUUGUCUAAGCAAGAAUGGUGUUGGCCUCGUAUCGGACGCUGCGACUCGACUUCCGACCGUACUGGACUCGCAAACUAAUCCGACGGGUGGAUUCACCAAGCACAGUGCAACCAGAACAUUCGCGAGUCACUAUACUGAAGAUUCACGCAUUCCGACUACAGCUGUACCAGAUACAGCUCAGUUUACUACGGACCAGUUGAACCCCGAUGUACCAACCGCACAAGCGACGCCAACCAAGGCAUUCGUCCCGUCCGCCGCCGUACUCGACACGCUACAACAGUUUACACCGCAGUCAUUCCUGAGUGUCCGACUACUUGGUGCUGGAGGCUUUGGUACUGUCGAUGAAGUACUACAUCGAGCGACGAACUUACGACUGGGUCGGAAGACGCUCAAGAAUCGCGAUCAGACUGCCAUGGAAGAGCUCAAGAAGGAAGUAAGCAUAUUGCAGAAGCUUCGCCACCCUCACAUAAUUCGCUUCCUUGGCGCAUACUCUAAGGGCGACAAGAUGUCUAUCCUUGUAUCGCCGGUUGCCGAGACGACCCUUGCACUCUGGCUUGAGCAAGCAACCCUACAACAACCAGCCAACCUCGUCAACGUCGUCAGUAAGAUGUUCGGAUGUCUUGUGUCGUCAGUCCGGUACCUCCACGAACAGCGGCCGGUUGUCAAGCAUAUGGAUAUCAAGCCGCAAAACAUCCUUGUUGCUCACGGAGACCAAAAAUUCCCGCGCGUAGUACUGUGCGAUUUCGGCAUCAGCUCAGCCGACGAGGAUCUACCCGAUGGCCAGCACAAGCCACUCACUCGUCGAUACGUCGCUCCAGAGGUUUUCAAUGGCUUUGCUCGCAAGCAAUCUGCCGAUAUCUGGUCUCUUGGAUGUGUUUUUGCCGAGAUGGCAUCUGUGCCGUUCGGCCAGUCCAACUCUGUGUGGGUGAACUUCCGUCGCGAGUAUAGCGGACGCACAGGCAAGCACUACUGGCAAGAUGUACCAAGCCUACAGGACUGGCUAUCAGACUUCCUCGAGGAUGCUGUGUCCCCCACUGAGCGAAAGGUGGUGGGUACGCUCAAGAAUAUGCUCAAUGCAGAUCCGACCGAGCGACCGAGCGCAGCGCUUCUCUCCCUGAGCUUCACUCCAGCGCCAUGCUGUCUUGAGUGGCCGAAUGAUAAGGUCGCAUUCCCUGCACCAGACCAAGAGCUUGAAGCUGUAGAAGUACUCAUCAGCAAGGGCGAUCCCGACUGCUCCGACCACCAUGACCAGAAGGCCAGCGUAGUCGUUGAUCGCACCCCUGACGUCUUCAAGAACGCUAAGCACUGGAUCGAGGAGUGCUCAUGCUCCCACAAUGCCUGUCGCCAAUACGCACCAGCCAAUGGCACCCUACCGACACGCCUCGUCGACACUCAGCCCAGGGGCAUUGACGACAGCGUCAUUUGCGUUGUUGAUAGUGCUUCGAUCACUCAAUGCUCCGAGGACAUACAAUAUGCUACACUCAGCUACGUCUGGAACAAGACCGACGUCACUCUGACCACUGCUCAACUGCGAGACGUAAAACUAGGUCUACAGCGACAGACACUGCCCAAGCCACUAGAGUCUGGAAUACAAGCUGCACAGAAUCUUGGCUUCCGGUAUGUCUGGAUCGACUCACUAUGUGUCCUCCAGGACUCGGAAGUCGACAAGCGUAGCGAGUGUGCCGACAUGGCAUCGGUAUUCCGCAAUGCUGCACUGACAAUCGUACUUGACCAAAUCACCAAGCAUUGCUCCGAAAAUACCGACAUUGUUUUGCCAAACGCAAAUGCAAAAACACAACUGCAAAAUUCCAACAGUAGCAUGGAUGCAUCAUCGGUAAUCUCUUCGCUACCAGUUAGUGAUUUCACCACGCCUGCCUUUGGUUGGGAUACUCGCGCCUGGGCUCUACAAGAACGCCUCCUCAGCCGUCGCCUCUUACAUCUUUGCGAGGGGCAGUUGUAUUGGGAGUGUGCAUCCCUGAAGGCCUCGGAUACCUUCCCACGCGGUCUUUCGUCACUUGUCUGGGAGAAAGUACACAGCAAAUCCUGCCACGAUCGUCCUCAGCGCGGCACGGCUGGCUCCAAGUCGAUUAUUGUCAAGAACACGAGUCGCAUGUCCCACAGCGGCAAGUCUGAAGUACAUCCUCCACUGAGCAAAGCCAAGCGGUGCUCAGAGGCCACUGACUACCCCCGCGCUCAACAUUUGGGCCAGAACUCGGGCAACUAUGUUGAUACCAACGCUACCCCGUUCUGGGACUCAGGUCAUCGCCCACGCAAGGAGCAUGGUAAGACCGCUGGACUGACUGGGCAUCCGCUGGGCGACAGUCUUGCGAACACACUGGCGCACCAGCUUGCGUGUUGUAAGCAUUCGCAUCCGUGUGCUUCCGGAGUGGAAGAUAUAGUGCACGCUGACAGUUUUGCUGAAGAGGAUGGUCCGAAAGUGUAGGCGUAGAUGCAUUCGAUCGCAAGAGCUGGACUUCGCGUACCCCCUAGAUCGUCAUUCCCUAUUCUGUUUUUGACAUAGUUGAUUCAAAUUUGCAACGACAGUUCUGCGCUUUACGUCACUAUGCACCUAAUGGCCCCCUUGUGUUCUUAUUCCGCCUUGGUCACUCACAUCCUAGCUUAGAUACCUUCGUGGUGCCAAUGCUCUGGCGAUCUUGUCACGGGCAGAAGAGGUCUACUUAGCAGGCCUACUUUGAGGUACUAAUGUAUGUACAUUUUGCCUCCUUUUUGGCUGCAACAGAUCUCUUGCCUAUCAGAUUAACCACUACGGCAAGCCAUAUUGUACUUGAUAUUCAUUGUAAUAAUGAGCUUAAACUGAAGCCGUCUUUCAUUGAAGACAGGACCCAGGAGACCUUCAGUAAUCUGAAUUUUGAGUCUGGGAACCAAAUUAGACCUUUUGCACUGCGG